AUGUGUCAUGUUCAAAUUAUGCUGUUUCAAUUUAUUCGAUCCGAACGUGGUAAUCAUUUAGAAAGUGAACAACAUCAAAAAAGUGUACUUGUAAUGCUUGAAAAAUUACAACAAUUACUAAGUACAGUAAAUAAUAGUACAGAACCGUUAAUAACAGCAAUGAAUAGUUCAGUUUCUUCUUUUAAAACUAUUAGAGAAGAACAUAUUGAACAAAAUUUAUCAAUGGACUUUGAAUCAGGAGAUACGGCUCCAUCAUCUAGUCGUAUAAAUGAUUUACGAGAUGAAUUUCAAAAAUAUGAUGAUAUUUUAAUCACAUUGACGCAAGGUGUUCAAACAUUAUUCAAUGAUAUAAAUCGAUUAAGUACAAAAUCAUUAAGUCUAACGAGUUUAAUACAAGCGAAAUAUGAAGAAUCAAAUCAAUUAAAGAAAAUUAGAUUAGAGAGUGAUAAUCGCAUUGCUGCUAAUGGACCAAUUCAAGAAUCUCUUGAACAAGAAUUAUCAAAUGUCAAAGAAAAUAUUGAGAGUAUAGAGUUUACAACUCAUGAUGGUAUGAAAACAUGGAAAGUGGAUAAUAUUUCAGAAAAAAUGGCUGCUGCACAAUCAGAAAGACAAAAUUCUAUUUAUUCUCAACCAUUCUAUUCACCACCGGCAGGAUAUAAAAUGAGAGCACGUCUGUAUUUAAACGGUGAUGAAAAUGCUCGUCGAACACACAUGCCACUCUUUUUUGUCUUAAUGAAAGGUGAAUAUGAUUCAAUAUUAAAAUGGCCAUUUAAUCAUAAGGUAACAUUUUGUUUACUCGAUCAAUCUGGACAAAAUCAACAUGAAAUAGAUUCAUUUCGUCCAGAUAUAAAAUCAACUAGUUUUUAA